CGCACGGGCCUAUAAUCAGCCUGCACGUUCCCCACACACCCUCAGCCUUCCCGCACACGUCUCACUCACACGCCAAGCCAAGUAGCCAACGCCCCAAGCCCAAGCCCUGCUUCCACAAACACCCGCACCCACGCGCCGCCCCCAGAUAGAGCGGAGGAUCUGGAACCAGAAGCUGCCCUGGCUCCCCUGUUAAUGCUGGUGCGGCUGUGGCCGUGGCUGCUGUUGGGCUGUGCCUGCUCGGACGAUGGCGUCCCACGGGGCUGUCGCGAACGUCCGCAAUGAGGAAUGAGCGGCACUGACAGACGGGGGCACCAUCGGGGCUGUCGGCCGGGAGCAAAGGUCGCAUGCUGCCGAGCCGAACAGCGAAUUCAAUCUCACGGCUGUAUUCGUCAGCUUGUAUAUCGCUAAACAAAACAAAAUACCCGUUCACCCUUGUUAAUCCGUAACAGAUAGAGAUGACAUGCACGCUUCGCUUCCCCGCGCACCGAACUGGCCCGUUGUUCCUUUAGUCCGAUCAUUGUGCCUACUACAGUGUAUAGUAUCAGAUAGCGCUUGAAUAGCGCGAGGAACUGUGGGCCCCUGCCAGAGACUGAAAUGUUACAGUUCGCGCGCGGCAGCGCCGCAGCGAGUGGACAUGGCUUAGGCAGUAGCUAUACUAGUGCUCCAGUAUCAGCACACACGGGGCUGACUCUGCGGCCAUGUGGCAUACCGCUGACCCAGCCUCGCGCCGCCGGGCGCCUCCACCCCUCGGCGACCGCCGGCGGUGUGGCCCGCGGCCUGGCGUGCAGCUCCGCAACCAGCGGCCCGGUGGCGGCAGUGCUCAGCGGCGGCGGCCCCUGCCUUGCCACCGCCGCCCCGGCUGUCACAGGGGCUGGCGGCGGUCUGCGGCAGCUACUGCCGCUAGCCGCCUGGGCCCGUCAAGCCGCACCAGCGCCCGCCACUGCCGCACCUGCAGCAGCCGGGGCGCGCAGCUGUCUGCUGCAGCCGGGGCGGCGCGCGCAGCAGCAGGUGCUGGUGGCUGUGGGGAGGUACGGCAGUGGCGGCAUCAUUGACAGGAGCAGUGGCAGGAGCAGUGACAGCAGCAGUAGCAGUGACGGUGGGGGAAGGGCAGGCAGGGGCAGGGCAGGCGGAGGCCGCUGGGCCGGCGGCAGGACGGGCGGUGCCGGUGGCAGGAGUAGCGGUGCCGGCGGCGUCAGGGCGCGUGACCCCGCGGAUGACAUGACCGUGUGUCGGACUCUGGAGGACCUGCAAGCAGUCAUUGAUCAGCGGUUGGCGGUGUGGUGCGAGCGGCAAGACGUAAUGACCAUGUCAGCUGCCUUCAACCUGUGUGGCAAGUUGGAGUCAGCACGCGCCGGCGGGCCGGCCGCCACAGCCGCGGCCCGUGCCGGCAUCAUGGCUACCCUUGCGCCUGCUCUCCUUCCGCUCGUGCCGCGCAUCCGCAAUCCGGCCAGCUGCAGCCUUCCGCUGUGGGCGCUGGCAAAGGCCGGGGCUGCCAGCGACGGGCGUGUGGAGUCACAGGUGGCGCCGGCGCUGCUGCAGCGGCUGGUGGAUCCAGUGUUGCUGGAUAGUGCAACUCCUCAGAACCUGGCAAACGCGCUGUAUGCCCUGGGCAAGCUGCGGGAGGACCAGCAGCAGCGGGGCUCGGGCUGGGACCCCACCUCAUCGCCGCAUCUGAUCGCACUGGCGGGCGCAGUGGCCUCGCGGCUGCGUGCGGCGAGGGGGCACGGCUUCAAUGCCCAGGGUGUUUCUAACACCCUGUGGGCGUGCGCCAAGCUGGGGUACCGCGACUCAGACCUUUUGCGGCCGUUGGCGGAGGCGACUGCAGCCCUUGUCCUGGACAUGAAUGCGCAGGAAUUAUCCAACAGCCUGUGGGCGCUAGAGGUCCUUGGCUACACCGGACCGGCGUUUCGGGCAGUGCUCGAGGCGAUGUGCGGUGCGGCGCUGCGGCGGCUCCGGACACCGAAGGGAGCUGAAGCGUUCAAGCCGCAGGAGCUGUCCAACAUCCUGCUGGCGCUGGAGGGGCUGCAGCUGGGAGGCAAGCAGUCCGAGCUGCUUGCGGCUGCUGUGGCUGCAGAGGCCAUGCGGCGGGGCUUUGCCGGCUUUAACCCGCAGCACCUCAGCAACUCGGCGUGGGCCCUGGCCAAGAUGGGGUAUGGGGCCGGUGCAACGUCGCAAGCCAUGAAGCAGAGCCCCUGGUACGCGGCUGUGACGGCCGCAGCUCAGCGGCCCGGGGUCAUGGCCGGCGCCAAGCCGCAGGCCUGGGCCAACCUGCUGUACGCGCUUGCGUUGGUGCGCCACCAGCCGCCGCCAGCGCUGCUAGACGCAGGCGCCGCGGCGGCGAUGCAGCGAGGCGAUGCACAGGCAUGUGCAAACACGCUGUGGGCGCUGGCGGUGCUGCAUCUGUGUCACGCCGGCUUGGAGGCGGCGGUGUGCGGCCGGCUGGGUGAGCUGCUGCGGCAAGGCCCGGAGUCGCUUAUUGCACAGGAGCUUUGCAAUAGCUUGUGGGCGCUGGCGGUGCUGGCAGGCGGCGAUGGCCCUGCUAGCCCGGCUGCAGCUGCGCUGGCCCCAGCGCUUGCCCGUGAGGCCGUGCGGCGCCGUGAGGAGCGUAAUGGAGAAUACUUGUGUCAGCUCUGGCAGGCGCGACAGGAGUUGGGCGGCGAGGUGGCGGAGGCGCUUGCCCGCAGCCCCGACCUGCUAGCCGCGAUUGAGGCGGCGGUAGCUGCCAAACGGGCGACUGAGUCGACGACCAGCCGUACGCAGGAGCAUGUGGCAGAGGCGCUUCGACGACUGCUGCAGAAGGGCCGCCUGCCCAUCGUUUUGGUGCAGACAGAGGUGGUGGCGGAGGGCGUGCUAGGACGUGCGGAUAUUGUGGCGGACUGGAGCGAUGGGCGCAGAGUGGCCAUUGAGGUAGACGGGCCGGACCACUUUCUCACCAACCGCAAGGACGACCCGUCCGCGGUUGUCGGGUCCACGGCCCUGCGUAACCGGCAGCUGCGGCGGGCGUUUGGGGAGGGCGGGCUGCUAUGUGUGCCGUACUGGGAGUGGUACGGCCGGAAGACUUCCUCCGCUCAGGAGGCCUACCUGCUGCAGCAGCUGCAGGAUCUGCUAUCGGGCGCUUCGUCAGGAGCAGCGGCAGGGGAAGGCAGCGCCGCCGCCCGUCGCCGCAAGCAGCAGCGGACGACUCGGCCGCAGCUGGACACUGCCGGCAUCACCACCAGCACCACCACCAGCACCACCACCACCGCUGGCAGCAGCCAGAAAAGACGCAUCCUCGUUGUCCGCAGGACGGCGCGAAAGCAGGACCUGCAGCACGACGCCACCUGCGACGCACCGUCAGCCUCAGGUGCGGGUCCGGCGGAGGCGGUGGCGGAGGUUGCGACAAGUGGCGGCCCUCGGCCUGCCACCGCGGGUGCCGACGUGGCACCUGCUCCUAGGCAGCAACAGCGACAGCAGCAACCGUCGAGGCCGGAGCCGGAAGCUGUGGCCGCUGCUGUGGGCAGACGCCGCAGGCCUGCUGCGAAGGAGCCGCGGCCACAGCAGCAGCAGGAACGGCCGCCGCCGCGGAACACAAGGAAGCGAGCGGCCUUUGCAAACGCACACGCGGCUGCGGCUGCUGCUGCGGCUGCUGCUUAGCACGCCCCCAUGGGUGGAUGUGCACGGGCGGCUGGCGCGGCGUCGCGCCCGUUUGGCGGAGUUUGUGUCAUGCCCGGUGCUGCUGCUGCCAUGAACAAACACGUGGAGACGGGCGUGGAGGAGCAUGCAGGCGGCGGAGCGUGGCCGACGAGGCGGGCAGAGUGUGGCGAAGCGUGGCCGACGACGAGGCGGGGAGCAGGCGUUGAGAAUUGAGUCGGCGUGAUGACUUGCAUCGUUUUGAGUUGGGUGGGGCUUGGGCUCCAGUUGUCGCUUUCUUCACCGGGCGUGUGUGCGCAUAGCAAGUUGAAGGAAGAACGAGGUGUGGUCAUUGCGGAGACUGUAGCAGAGCCUGUGGUGUGAUAGAGGUUGUGAGAGGGGCUGUGGCUUGUGGGGUUUUGGCGGGUGUCGACACGUCGGCAGACACAGACACAGACGACGCUCUGGUCUCUAGGGCGCGUGCGGAGGCCUUGGGCUUGCCAUAUUUGUGAGCAGGUGUGUGAGGUGAGGUGGUUUGGGCGUAGGGUGACAAUGAGGUGACGUAUGCGGGGGGGGACUGCGGAGGCGGGCGGUGGCCUCGAUGCCUGCUUGCAUACAGGAGCGGUCGUUUGGCGCUGGGGCCACCUACCGUGGUGUAAUAAGAGGAUUGU